AUGGUUUUGGAGGAGUUCUUCGGGUUGGGCUUCCUUCCUGAAGUGGUUUUGGGAGAAGUGGCCAUCUCCGGCGAGGAUUUGUUCUCUGCGGCGGGGGAGGAUUUGGGGGGCUGCUUCUUGGCUGAUCCUUUUGGAGGCAUCGUUCCGGUGGGUGAGAAGUAUGGAGGCAAGAAGGAAGGAAGGAAGGAAGGCGAGACGCGGGACGGAAGAAAAGGAACUCACGGGAUACGGCGGAAGCCCGUGGAGGGCCGAAAUGAAGUCCCUACUUUCCACCUAAUUUUGUUCUUAGUAAAGGUUAAAAUUGUCGCGAAAUGUCGUGAACUUGGAAAGGAAUCGGGUGGCUUUUACCAACCAAGUUUCAGCUUUUGUCAAAUGCACCUCCACAUGAUGUCUCUUGGCAAGAAUUGGGAUCCGGAUAUAUCAAAGUACGGGGAUAUCUGUCGACUUCCUGAUUAUUUCAAGGGGCUGGUUCAAAAGGUGCUUCAAGUCGCUCAAGAACACCUGAAAAAUGACCUAAAACUUGAACUGCCGGAAACGAACCUUGACAUUUGCAUUGCUAAUUUCUAUUCCAAGAGUGGGAAACUAGGGCUCCAUCAGGACAAAGAUGAAAGCCCUGAAAGUAUACUAAACGGAUUGCCUGUGGUCUCAUUUUCUUUAGGCGACUCAGCGGAUUUCCUUUUUGGGGGGGACAGAAAUGUAGACAAGGCCGAGAAAUGCAGAUUGGAUUCUGGUGACGUGUUGAUAUUUGGCGGCAACUCUAGGCGAAUAUUCCAUGGGGUCCCAACCUUGUUUCCAGAUACAGCUCCCGAACGGCUGCUCGAGCAAUCAAAGUUGUGGCCUGGACGACUUAACCUUACUUUCAGGCAGUAAUAGCAGAUAUUUAU